AUGUCAGUGGACAUUGAUGCGCGGAUCAAAGCCUACAAAUUUGUGGCCUAUUCGGCUGUCACAUUCUCUGUUGUUGCAGUUGUUUCGAUUUUCAUAACUUUACCAAUGGUUUAUAAUUAUGUUAACAAUGUCAAAAGACAAAUCCACACCGAUGUUAACUUCUGCAAAGGUGAGUUUCUUACAUACUGUGACUACGUCGUGGCUUUUUGAAAACCUGUUUUUAGGAUCCGCCAAAGAUAUCUGGUCUGAGGUUCAUUUGAUCAAGGACUCUCCAGCCAAUAACACUCGUAUUGCUCGUCAAGCUUAUAACACUGGCGGAUCAGCUGUGGGUGGAGGCGGUGGGGGAGGUUGUGAUGGCUGUUGUAAUCCUGGACCGCCAGGACCUGGUGGAAAUCCAGGAAAACCUGGAAAACCCGGAAAACCUGGAGCCCCAGGAGCUCCUGGAAAUCCAGGAAAAGGAGCAAGUGCGCCAUGUGAGCCUGUCACUCCCCCACCUUGUCAACCAUGCCCAGGUGGGCCACCAGGACCUCCAGGGCCAGCCGGGCCUCCGGGCCCUCCAGGACCGGACGGAAAUCCAGGAAGCCCAGCUGGACCAGGAACUGCUGGGCCACCAGGGCCACCUGGGCCACCAGGACCUGCUGGAGGUGAUGGAUCACCAGGUCAACCGGGAGCACCUGGACAACCUGGACAAUCAUCAGAUGGUGGAGCUGGAGCUCCAGGACCUGCAGGGCCACCAGGAGGACCUGGACCAGCUGGGCCAGAUGGAUCGCCAGGAAGUGGGUCACCAGGAGGACCAGGACCAAAAGGACCACCAGGGCCAGCGGGAGCUCCCGGAGCUCCUGGAAAUCCAGGAGGACCAGGAACUCCAGGAAAAUCAGGAGGAGAAGGAGAAAAGGGAAUUUGCCCCAAAUAUUGCGCCAUCGAUGGUGGAGUCUUCUUCGAAGAUGGAACACGAAGACGUUAA